AAGACAGUUCUGCACCAAAUGUUUCUGUGUCAGAGGCUGCAAAAGAGAUGGUUAAAAAUGCCUUGACUAGGAAACCUGGUGGAGAGGAAAUUCUUGAAGAAUACAAUGCCGAAAAUUCACUGAGCCACCGCACCCGGCGGCAGCUUGUUAACAUAUUGGCAAGUGAUAUGACUGAGAGACAUGGCAGAAUUCCCUCCCGUAAGCAAAAGGAGAAAUAUGCCCUUGGAAUAAUUACACUCUUUCCCUCAUUGAAGGAUCCAUUUUCUCCAAACGGCUAUGAGCAUUUCUACGACGGAGUGAAAGGCACUGGAUAUGUAGCGUGGCGCCUCAAAACCAUGUCCAGGUCUACAACCAAACGGCCAGUGAAGGAAGUCCCAGUGCAUCAAGAACAAGGGCCUAAGCGCAGAAGAUUAGCAACCACAUUGCCUCAGCAACUUGAUGGAGAUGCCUGCAAGGAGGCCAUCUCAUUUCUUGUUCACUCUCCUGAUGAAGCAAGUGUAUUUCAGAAGAUGAAAAUGACGUUCCAACAUCGCCAGGAUCUGGUGCAUGAUCCACAAAGAACUGCAGAUGUCUUC